GAGGAACAGGUUUCCGGCCUAAAGAACGACAACAUAAGUAAAGGCUGAAAGACGAAGAGGAGAAGCUGCUAAACAAUUUAACGGAUUAGCUUUCCAAGAUACAGCCGUAAGCUACCGUAAAUUGGGAUCUUGCACUGUUAAUUCCAUUUUAUGGAGAUAAGCGAAACACACUGAAAAAUUGGUGGUGUUGGUGUACAGAUGCUCCAGUAACUAAUCACUCAUUUAUAUCCCAAGAGUUGGCAGUCGUACUGACAUGGCAUCUGUUUACUGAACUGCUCCGUCUUCAGCCACUGCUAGCACCAAGCAUUGGUGUGCAGCUUCCCAGCGAAUGAGACUGACCCUCUAUCACCAUGGAAACAGAAACUGAAGUUAUUCCUAUCUGGCAGAAUAAGCCUCAUGGAUCCACCCGUAGUGUUGUGAGAAGAAUAGGUUCCACUCUUCCACUCAAACCUCCACAAAGGGCAUGUUUCCAGGAACUACCGGGUCUGCCCGCUCUUCGGCCUAUGGACGGCCCUAUGGUUCCUACCUUGGCAGACAUAGCCUGGAUUGUUGCAGAUGAAGAAGAGACAUAUGCCAGAGUGCGGAGUGACACUCGUCCUCUGAAACACGAAUGGCGGCCCACGCCUCUCCUGGUGCUCCACAGGAACUCAUCUGUGCCCAACUUCCGCCGUGAAGGCAAAAGGAUGGAGGGGCUUAGGAAGCCUGGGGUCACGGCGCUGAACCGCACUACUGCCCUGCAGGACGAGCUCAGCAGACUCCGUGCACAGAUCGCUAAGAUUGUGGCAAGUGAUUCUGGCUCCAACCCCCUGACCCCUGACCUGCUCUCCCCUGAUGACACAAGUAUGAGCUUCUCCAUGGCGCCUUUCGAGACAGUGCCGUACCAGCCGGCUGCCACAGCUGCUGCUUCCUUUGUCAUCAGCGAUGUCACUGAGGAGGAGGAGGAGGAAGAAGAAGAGGAGGAGGAAGAUGAGAAAGAUGUGGUCUCUGUGGUGUCAGAGCUUGUCCCUGACCCUCUGCCACCUGUUUCCAUGACGGCAUCGGCGACCUUUGACCUGGACAGACCCAGCAUGGAAUUUCGGGAGGCAGAGGAGGAUACAGUGUCACUAUCAAAGUCCACCAGCUUUGCUGAUGUUAUGGACAUCCUGAAAGACAUGAACCGCAUGAAGAUGAGCAAAGACAGGUACAACAGAGGCUGUACGUCCCUCAGAGAGGAGGACUCAGCCACUCUGAUUUCAGAAGCUCUGAGGAAAAAGUUUGUCCUGAAGGAAGAAGACACUGCCGCUAUGAAACGAAAGUAGCCUGAUCACGUGUUUAUCAUCAAUAUCCGAUCCUGCUGCUCCAUGCCUUUGCCUGUGGAAUAUGUACCCACGGAUCCACAACCUUGCUCCUCAGACCCAAGGCAAUAGCUGUCUGCCAGAGUUAGAACAAAAAAACACUUUGUCCCAGACAUUCAAAACCAAAUGUGAACUUCACAGCGCUGGUGCAGUGUGAGGGGGGAACAGCCAACUCUCCAUAACAAUAAUCAGUUUCAGCGCUGCAUCGCAUAUUGCAUCCAGUCUAUUUCUCUCUGCAAAAGGCUUUUAUGUUUAAAUUUAUUUUGAAUAAGGACUCAGCAGACUGGUUCCACUGCUGUCCAGAAACUUGUGUCUGGGCUGUUUUGAUCUUAGAUGUGUUUUUUUUUAAAUUUAUUUAAUUUUUUUUAGGAUUGUGUUAUAGCACGUUGUGGAGCGGCUGGCAUCUAAACAAUUCUAACAAGGUUUGGACUUAAAUUGAGGAAUGUCCCUUUAAAAAGCCUUUUAUCCAUCCUGCUAUGAAAAUAGUUUGUUUUUUCAGUUGUGCAAAGAAGUCUUCUAACAUACUUGAAAAUAUUUUAUGUACAAAUGAAACUAGUGAAACUGAUCUAGUGUACAUGCAGAGAUGUACUGUAGCUUAUUACAGUGUGUAUGGGAAUAAUAACUUCAGAUCUUUGCAGUUUAAUAUUUGCAUCACAGUACUGAGUUUGGAAGUGAGCACACAGCAUCAUAUACUGUAUGUUGCCUGCUCCACUGCGUCUAUUAUGCCUGUCCUCUUGUUUGCGAUUAACAUAUAGAUUGAUAGUCACUGAACCACAGGACACUGAUGUUGAAACCCAAACUGAAAGGAGUGAGAAUAUGCUGAUGAUAUAGUUUGAAGUUUGAGGUGUAUAAAUCCAAGAAAUACUUAAUGAAAGUGUGUGAGUGAAAUGUGCACCCAUCAUUGUUUGCAGCUGUUUGUAUUUCCAGUAAAAGCAACAGAUACAAGCUUGUACAAGUCUUUUAGAUACAAAUUUCCCAGUGUAGAAUGUGCUAAUUGGUAGAUGAAACCACCUUUAUGAUGUUUCUUAAUGACGCAACACUAAAGGGGUGGUUUGGGCCGAGACAACUGGGCUACGUGUAAGAGUGCUUUUACAUCAUUAUGUAUGCAGAGUUUUGACAAAACCAUGUGUAAAAUUCUUGUGAGAAUCAUGAUGAUAACGAUGAAUAUUCUUGUUGACGCCUUACCACAGAUCUAUUGCCUGUUCCAAUGCCGGAUUUCCAUAUUAGUUCAAGUGCCAUGGGUUUGUUUUAAUAGGCACACCCCUCAUUGCCUGCCAUUUCCUGAGUGUGCCCUCCAUUGUCAUCUUUACUAAGAUUCCCAUUUUUUCAUCUCAAAAACAUAAAGUGAACAACAAUGAUAAGGUGUCUGUGUGUGUAUGGGUGUGGGGUAUUGCUGAAUGUUGCUGACUGUUAUGUCACUUUUACCUCCACACGCGUCACUCCUACUCUGUUUUUCAUCUGUCAUGUUUAUGCCUACAUGGCUGUGAAUCCUUUAGUGUAGUUUUGCAAUAUAUGCAGUAAGUUACUGCUAAGUUAUCUGUUUGGAUUGAACAAGACUGUGCCCAUCUGUGUGCUGCUGAAUGCAGUAGAGUUAAAGUAGGUUUUGUCUUGCUAGAAUUGGCCCUCAACUUGUCUUUGGUGAUCUUCUCAGGUCCCUUCAUUGGUCAAAGUGAUGAAGUACAAGGACUAGCUGAGAAAACUACUGUAUACAAGUUUAAAUAUAUUAAUUGUAUGUCUGUUCUUAAGGUGUUGAACCUUACACAGCAUACUCUGCCAAGUGCAUCACUAGUCCUGAUAAUAAAUUGAGAGGAUAAUUUUUCCACAGACUUUGUUUUGAAAUCCUAUUGUUUCUCUUGUCUAGUUAAUGGGUUUCUCACAAGUGUACCUCCGUGUAAGGUUAAGCCCACCACCACCAUCUGUAUGUUUGUUUUUUGUCAUGUCAGGACUUUUAAAUAAAGAUUGGCUGAUGUUUUGAAACUGA